AUGUCGGAAGAACGUCUCUGGAAGUUCAAGAAGCCGGAAUGGAUGAAUAGCAUUAUGGCUAGGAGCGCGGGGGUCUAUGCAGCAGGCGCUUUGUUCUCCCUCGCAUUCUUCGUAAUGGUCGAUGCUGCCGUCUUCUCCCACUCCCCGCUCAACGGAAGCGACCCGCCCAUCCACAUCACAUUCAUCGACUGGCUCCCUCUCAUAUUCUCCUCGCUCGGCAUGCUGAUCAUCAACUCCAUCGAGAAAACCCGUCUCUCUGCCGACUCGUUCAGCUAUUCGGGCUCGGGCGUAGCGUGGAAGGCGAGGGUGGUGCUGUUCUUAGGCUUUGCGUCGCUGGCGGGUGGCAUGGCCGGCGGCGUCACCGUGUUGGUGUUGAAGUAUGUGGUUCCCGGGACAGUAUGGCCUACGCUUUAUAUGGGAGUUGCAAACGUGGCGAGUAAUGGGCUGGUUAUGUUGAGCUCGGUGGUUCUUUGGGUUAGCCAGAAUAUGGAGGAUGAGUAUGCGUAUAACCUAGCUCUCUGA